AUCAUAGACAUAUCAUCAGAGUUUGCGUGCAGUGCGCACUGCUACACAGAGAGGUUAUGUUUUUUGUUUUCGGAGGUGUAUAAUCUACUAUAUAAGUUUACCAUUAUGCUCUCACGUCAUAUGAACAAAUUUCUGCGGCAUUCCUAUACUCGUGUAAUUUCGAGUCACCGCAGUUUUGUUUCAGCAAAAAGUGAAACAGAUCACAUAGCAAAUCCAACAGAGAGAGAUCCGGCACCAUUUUUUUUCAAUGAAGAGGUUCAAGAAUGUCUCAAAACAUUGACAACGGUAGAUUUCAAGAAGGUUUUCAGGAUUCGCAAAGAUAAUCACAAACUCAAACCACCGCAGUACAAAUUCAUGACAAACAAACAACUUCGAGAGGCUGAGGAGGCUGCAAAACGUAAAGCCGAGACAUACUUGCAAAUGCCACCAGUAGUAAAGCCGAGAACAGAUGUAUCUGUGCCAUUAUGCAAAGACCAUGCACUGCUGAAUCACAAUAGUGCCAAAUAUGUAUUUACUGAUAUUACAUUUGGUCUCAAUGAUAAAGAUAGAUUUGUAGUAAUUAGAGAAACUGAUGGUACAUUAAGACAUGCCACUUGGCAAGAACGAGAUAGAAUUGUACCGAUCUACUUUCCAAAACCAGGAAGAGAGCUAGUCAAAUCAAAGAUGUUUGAAGGCGAACAUUUAACGAGUUUACUAAAUCGCAAGGAAUACGAAUUCAUAUUGGAUCGCGCAUGUGUGCAAUUUGAACCUGAUGACCCGAACUAUCAGACGAUCACACGGGAAGUUUACGAAUACGUAAACUUAGAGAAGGAUUUUGAUAUCCUGCGAUCCACGCGUCACUUCGGACCGAUGGUGUUUCAUCUGGUGUGGACGAGCAAUAUUGAUAAUUUAUUAUGCGAAAUGAUUGAAACCAGUCGAAUUAAAGACGCCGUGCUAUUGAUACGUUUGUAUUACAAAAUUCAUCCCACAACCAAAGCUACGGUCGACCAAUCCGAAAAAACGGACGACAUAGAGUUUAUUAUGCAAUAUGCGCGAAUGGAUUCGCCGAAGUCGGGCACAAUCGAGAAGCUCCUGCAAUCGUACAAAGAACUGCAACUGGAACAUCAAAUUGUGGAGGAAGGCAUCAAAAAGGCGCACGGCAUUUCUCCGGAAGAAAGUGUAGAAACAGAAAGAAGUGUAGAAACAGAAAAAUAAAUAAUUCCUGAACUGUAAUU